UAACGAUCGCUGCUCCGCCACCGCCACCGCCUAUAAAACUCCACCUCCUCCCCUGUUGCCACCACCAAACCAUCACACGGUACUCUCACACGGUACUCUACAGUCUACACACGACCCGCACUGUAGAGCGUGUAACCUACACCACAGCGACGACCGAUGGCCCCCGCCGCCGCAUCGCAGCACCAGGCCACCACCGUGGCGCCGACGAGCGGCCGCAAGGUGGUGGACGAGGUGUCCGGCUGGCUGCGCGUCAUGGACGACGGCAGCAUCGACCGCACCUGGACGGGCCCGCCCGAGGCCCUGCCGCUCAUGCAGCCGGUGCAGCCCUACGCCGUGCCCCGCGACGGCCACACGCUCCACGACCUCCCCGGGGAGCCCAACCUCCGGGUGUACCUCCCCGAGGUCGACGCGGGCAGCGUCGGCCGCCUCCCCGUCAUCGUGCAGCUCCACGGCGGCGGCUUCUGCAUCUCCCACCCGUCCUGGGUCCUGUACCACCACUUUUACGCCCGCCUCGCGUGCGCCGUCCCCGCCGUGGUGGUCACCGCCGAGCUCCCGUUAGCCCCGGAGCAACGCCUUCCUGCCCAGAUACACACUGGUGUCGACGUGCUCCGCCGGCUGCGGUCCAUCGCCAUGUCCGACGAAGGCUCUCUCGACGACCCCGCGGCCGAGCUCCUCCGCAAGGCAGCGGACAUGUCCCGCGUGUUCCUCGUCGGGGACAGCUCCGGUGGCAACCUCGUCCACCUCGUGGCCGCGCGCGUUGGUGAGGACGGCGCGGACGCCUGGGCGCCCCUCCGCGUCGCCGGCGGCAUCCCGAUCCACCCGGGGUUCGUGCGCGCCACGCGGAGCAAGUCGGAGCUGCAGGACACGCCGGACUCGGUGUUCUUCACGCUGGACAUGCUGGACAAGUUCCUGGCCAUGGCGCUGCCGAUGGGCGCCACCAAGGACCACCCGUACACGUGCCCGAUGGGCCCGACAGCGCCGCCGCUGGAGUCCGUCCCUCUGCCGCCGAUGCUGGUGGCCGUCGCGGAGAAGGACCUCAUCCGCGACACUAACCUCGAGUACUGCGACGCGCUGCGCGCCGCCGGCAAGGAGGUGGAGGUGCUCAUCAACCGCGGCAUGAGCCAUUCCUUCUACCUCAACAAGUUCGCCGUCGACAUGGACCCUACCACCGGGGAGCGAGCCCAGGAGCUUAUCGACGCCAUCAAGAGCUUCGUUGCCCGCCACUAAUAAUAAAGCAUCAAAAAGCAUAUAGUAUCCCACACGUGCCGCACUGCAUAUAGUAACAGGUGUGUCUGCCAUUAAGUCCAUCGACCUAGUAUGUGUGAGUUUUACGUCCAUAUAUACGUGAUGGCUUCUGGAUUGUAUACGGUCGCCUCGUCUGUUAUUCAAUAAACACCAUUGCUUAAUUAUCA